AUGGCGAAUUAUGAUGCUGACACCACUGAGACUGUGUUUAUAGUCUUUGGUGCAUUUUUAGUUUGCUCCUACGCAGCAACCGCACUUUUUCUACUUGGUAUCUUUGUACCUAAACUCACAAGAGAGCUCGAAGAAGUAAUGGACGGAUUUGCCAGAAAUUGGAUUCAGCUCCAAACUCUCACAGCUCUUGCAUAUUUGAACUUGAAGUACACAUACUCAUCUGCAACAAUAAUUCACGCAAACCACUCUUGGGUGUUUAUAAACUACGCUGAUAAAGAUAUAAAAAACUCAAUUUCCCAACCUGAAACGAUCAAUUAUCCUGAUUAUUUUUUUGCGACUGAUGAAUGAGAACCUUACUAUUUUUAUAAUGUAUUUACUGUUAUAUGCAUCGUAGGCGGGUAUAUUUUGGCUUAUGUGGCAUCUAAAUUCAUAUGAAAGCGCACAUAUGACAAAAAUAUUUUGACGAAGAUAAUGGAAUUUGAAGUCGGCUUGCAAAUUUUGAAAAUUGUGCAUUUUCGGCUUGUAAUGUCGUUUUUCUUGGAUUUAAAAGAAAUACUUGAUGGAAAGACUAUUGAUUUUAAUUCUGGGUUAUCUUUUGGUGUCAGCAUAGCACUUUUAGCGGUUUACCCUAUUGGGAAAAUUUUAUAUUUAAGGAUUAAACAUAGAGCGAACUUGGAAGCAUCCAAAAUUAAAAAAAUUUUUGGGGCUGAUUAUAGGGCUUAUAGGUAUUUUAUAAGAGAAUUUCAUUUGAUUUUUGAGCAAUUCGAGAAUAUUGGUAUUGCGGCAAGCUUAUGUAUGAUAGGAGAAUAUAAAGAUAUCCAGCUUAUACUUGUAGUCACACUGCAUGCAGCUAUGCUAGUAUAUAUUGGUGUUUUUCGCCCAUUCCGGGUGUUCAGGACAAACUUAAUCCUCACUUACCACAUAUUUUCAUCAUUCAAAUAUAAAUUAAUACACUAGACCGUCUUCAAUUAAUAAUAAAUUGAAAAUUAAUUUUUAUUAUAAAAAAAAAAUCUAUUUAUUUGAAGAUUUAGAGGAUAUUGCCCAAAGACUGAUAAAAACUGCACUCGCAGGUGUUUUAGUUAUAUACCACUUCAUCGACCAAAAAGAUUUUUUAGAAAAUGGAGUGAUAGCACUCCUGAUAAUUUGGUAUCUAACAAAAUUAUUAUUUACAUUUUUACACAUAAAAGAGCUCAUGAGCUCUGUCAAAACACUGCUAGACCAAGCCCCUAUUGAUGAGCUUGAAAUAGAAGAGCAGCCCAAAGCUUUUAAAAAAAAGAGAAAAUCGAGAAAAGAGGUCUCUUUACUCUCCCCCCCUCCGUGAGUGAAUAAAACCAUUAGAAAAAAUCCCUAUUUUUUGCCCAAAAACCACCCUCUGUGAGUGAACAAAAACGUUUUUAUUAGAAAAAUUUUUUAUGGAAAAAAAAUUUUGAUAUAUAAGUGAUAAUUAGUAUAAUGAAAUCUAGAGCUAAAUCUGCUUAAUUUUAAACAAAUUGCGUUUUAAAACAUAAUUUUUACAAAUUAAAUUAAUAUUUUUCUUCCCAAUUUUAUAGAAGUGAGAUUAUUUAAUUUUCGAAAAAACAAUUUUAUAAAAAAUUUAUAUAUAAAUUUUUUUAAAAACAAAAAUUAACCCCUCCGUGAGUCAACAAAAUUUUUUUGUUCACUCACGGAGGGGGGGAGUUAGCAAAACUGAACUCAAGAAGUGACUCAGAAGAAGAAACUGGUAAAAAGAAAAAUGGAAAGAAAAAUAAUUAUAAUGAUGUGAUCACUACAGGAAGAGAUAGAGGUGAGGAAGAUUUUACUAGAGACAUAUCAGAAGAUGAAUCUCCGAAAAAAACGAAAAAAAAUCAUGAUGGAAAUCAUAUGAGAAAAUUAUCAUCAACUGAAGAGGAAGAUAUAGAUCCUAGAUUAGUGCGAAAAAGAACACCAAAAAGAAGAAGACAGUCAAGAAAGUAA